AUGUCUGGCGCAAACACCGUCCACGUUAAGAACAUCUCGGCCCAGACCGAUGAUGAGGAGGUCAAGCGAUUCUUCAGCUUCUGUGGCAAGAUCACCGACGUCCAGGUCACCACCGAGGGCGAGACCAAGAGCGCCACGGUCACCUUUGAGAAGGAGACGGCUGCCAAGACGGCUCUGCUGCUGAACAACACCAAACUCGCCCCCAACAACAUCACCGUCACCGGCGCCGGCGGCUCCGACGAGGAGGCUGCCCACCACGCCACGACCAACGCCGAGCGCGACUCGGACGAGAUCACGCAGGAGGAGAAGCCGCGCACCCGCAUCCUUGCCGAGUACCUCGCGCACGGCUACGUCAUCGGCGACGCUGCCCUGCAGCGCGCCAUCGAGCUCGACCACUCGCGCGGCGUCUCGGCGCGCUUCCUCGACACGCUCAACAAGCUCGACCAAAAGUACCACGCCUCGGACCGCGCCAAGACGGCCGACCAGAGCUACGGCAUCACCCAGCGCGCCAACACCCUUCUGACCGGCAUCGGCUCGUACUUUGAGAAGGCGUCCAACACGCCCACGGGCAAGCGCAUCGUCAAGUUCUACUCGGACGCCGAGCGCCAGGUGCAGGACAUCCACGCCGAGGCCCGCCGCCUCGCCGACCUCAAAAAGGAGGAGCAUGGUGGCAGCGCGUACAAGGCCGCUGGCCUGGAGAAGGUGUUUGGCAAGGAGAAGGAGAAGCCCCAGGGCGAGGGCAGCGCUGCCCAAGCUGCAGCUCCCGACACCGCUGCGCCGGCUUCCAGCGAGAAGGCAUGA